AUGAGUGACCUACCGAUGGAUGCAUAUUCCGAUGUAGAAACUAAACAGUCGGAAGAAAUGGCAUCGAAGAGAAGUGCACUUCCAUUAUCCGGAGGUUUUUACGGAAAGCGUUCAUCAUCACUGGAUUGGCGAGACGAUAUGCUGAUGCCGAAAAGAGGGUUUGUUUCCAACGACUCAACGAAUGAGUAUCCGCUCGAUAAGAAGAUAAGAAUCGUUUCAGGUGGCAUUUACGGUAAACGAACCAUGAUUCCGCUCUCAGGUGGCCUGUAUGGUAAAAGAUCUCGAGCAGCUUUUAUCGACACCAACAGACGUCGUCUCAGUUUGCGUUCCAUUCCAAUGAGUGGAGGUUUCUUCGGAUGA